GGGAGAGCGCGGCCGGCGGCGCGCGCGGACUCGGGCUCCACGUGCUCCGCGCGGGGGUUUCCGCGUCCUCCGGGCGUGGCCGGAAAAGGAAGUCGGCGCUGCAGCGGCCGCCCCAGCAACAGCGGCGGCCCGGGCCAAGCCCCGCCACCCGCCCGGUCCGGCUCGGCUUCGGAGGCAGCGCCGCGGGACCCCGAGCCUGCCCCGCCGAGCAGCGCCCGCCGCGCCGCCGGGCGCCCAGCACGCCGAUGGGGCCGCCGCGUCCGCCGCUCUGCGCCGCGGCCGCCCUGCUCUGGGGGGUCCUGCUCCGGCUGACAGCUGCUCAGGAAGCAAUCCUGCACGCGUCUGGAAUUGGCACACCUUCACCAUCUAAGGACUACUGCAUGUUCUAUAACCCUCGUUGGACAGCUCUGCCAAGAACCCUAGAAAAUGCAACUUCCAUUAGUUUGAAGAAUCUAACUUCCACACCACUGUGCAACAUUUCUGAUAUUCCUUCUGAUGGGAUAAAGAACAAAGCAGUUGUGGUUCAGUGGGGAACCUGCCAUUUUCUUGAAAAAGCCAGAAUUGCACAAACCGGAGGUGCUGAAGCAUUGUUGGUUGCCAAUAACAGUGUCUUAUUUGCUCCCUCAGGGAACACAUCUGAAUUUCAUGAUAUGAAAAUACUGAUUGCAUUUAUAAACAACAGAGACUUCAAAGAUAUGAAGCAGACUCUUGGAGAUAACAUUACUGUGAAAAUGUAUUCUCCGUCACGGUCUAACUUUGACUAUACUAUGGUGGUUAUUUUUGUAAUUUCUGUGUUCACUGUGGCAUUAGGAGGAUACUGGAGUGGACUACUUGAAUUGGAAAGCAUGAAAGCAAUGGCAGACACUGAAGACAGAGAAAUGAGGAGAAAGAAGGACGAAUAUUUCACUUUCAGUCCUCUAACAGUUGUAAUAUUUGUGGCCAUCUGCUGUGUUAUGAUGGUCUUACUUUAUUUCUUCUACAAAUGGUUGGUUUAUGUUAUGAUAGCAAUUUUCUGCAUAGCAUCAGCAAUGAGUCUAUACAACUGUCUUGCUGCACUAAUUCGUAAGAUACCAUAUGGACAAUGCACGAUUGUGUGUUCUGGCAAAAGCAUUGAAGUGAGACUUAUUUUUCUCUCUGGACUGUGCAUAGCAAUAGCUGCUGUUUGGGCCGUGUUUAGAAAUGAAGAUAGGUGGGCUUGGAUUUUACAGGAUAUCUUGGGGAUUGCUUUCUGCCUGAAUUUAAUUAAAACACUGAAGUUACCCAACUUCAAGUCGUGUGUGAUACUUCUAGGCCUUCUCCUCCUCUAUGAUGUGUUCUUUGUUUUCAUAACACCAUUCAUCACAAAGAACGGCGAGAGUAUCAUGGUUGAACUUGCAGCUGGACCUUUUGGAAAUAAUGAAAAGUUACCAGUAGUCAUCAAAGUACCAAAGCUGGCAUAUUUCUCAGUAAUGAGUGUAUGCCCCAUGCCAGUUUCCAUAUUGGGUUUUGGAGACAUUAUUGUACCAGGCCUGUUGAUUGCAUACUGUAGAAGAUUUGAUGAGCAGACUGGUUCUUCUUCUAUAUACUAUGUCUCCUCCACAAUUGCCUAUGCUGUUGGCAUGAUAAUUACCUUUGUUGUUCUGGUGCUGAUGAAAAAGGGGCAACCUGCUCUCCUCUAUUUAGUACCGUGCACACUUAUUACUGCCUCAAUUGUUGCUUGGAGACGUAAAGAAAUGAAAAAAUUCUGGAAAGGUAGCAGCUAUCAGAUGAUGGACCAGCCGGACUAUGCACCAAAUGAAGAAAACCCUGUGGCUGCUGGUGAACAGAUUAUCCAACAGUAAUAUUAUGUGGACCUGCCAUAAUGUUUCAAUUGAUUUUCUGCAAAAGAGUUUUGCUUUUUGAACUGACAAUCUGAAAGAAUCUUCAAUGAUAUGCUUGCAAAUAUACAUUUUUAAGAGCUGGUACUGUCGAUUAUGUCAUAAGUAAUUAAAAUACAUUUGCUUUUAACUAUGUUAAAGUUGUGCCUUCACAUUAAAUAAAAGGAUAUGGUCUGUAUAACUUUCAAAA